CAUGGUAUAGUUUAUGCUUGAAUGGGAGAACGCACGAUGUAUGAUCCUGUAAACUGUGAUGUCUGAAGUUCCAAUGGAGCAAACGAGAGCUGAUAAGACUAACCAUGAGUCGAAAGAGUGGCGCUUACAACAAUGUCGGACUAUAUGUAUCCAUACUCGCUGGUGCUAACGCCAGACGAUCAACGUGCUAUCCUGGCUGCAGAUCCCACACAGCGUUGCUUUUGAAUUUAUUAUUGAGGCAGGUGAUUGCUACACAAAAAACUCCAAAAUGUUUGCCUCCAUCGUGGCUCUCUUGGCUUGCAGUGGCCUUUUGUGGUCGUUCAAGCCUCACCUGUCCAAAAGAGGCAUGUCGGAUCGCCCGCCAGUCGAAGUCAAAUCGCCCAAACAAUAGAAUCCACAUUCCGCGGGACUUGGAGAUAGAACCCACGUUUUCUACCAAGCAUGCGAGCGAGCCGCAUUCCAGUCAGCGAUUUGGCAUGACCUCACUCAGGAUCAAGGUAAAGGGCGAGGAGAUAUUGAUCCACGUGCGGCCGUUUUGGCUGGUGAAUUAUCACUCGCCGGCUUCCAUGUCUUGGCUCCGUGUCGUCGCAAAUAAUAAGAGGUCACCGUUGCACGUUCAGGUCGUCAGUCAGUAAGGUAGGGGCUAGGACGGAUCUUUUGGCGGAGGGCGUGGCGCUAGCAUUCCGGGAGAACAGGG